AUGUUUUGGUUUCAGGUGUUAAGAAAGAUGCAGAGACGGCACAGUAGCAACACGGACAGCGCCCCCCCUGAAAGAAACCGAAACCAGACCCUCAGCUCUGAGACCAGCGUGGACGAAAGCGGUGUCUUUGAAGGUUUGAAGCUCGAAGAUUCCUCCCCUCCACCCAUCUUCUCUGGCUUAGCCGGUCUCCAACCAGGCACCCUCACGGCCACCCCAUUCCAAUCAGGCUUGGUCCUGGGCUCGGCCCCCGGGGGUGGGGAGGUAUUUAUCCAGAUGCCAGCCCCCCGAGAGGAAGGGGCCAGCCGGGGCGAGAGUGGGCCCUUCCAUCACCGCCCAGCCUCCCACCACUUCCACCACGGCCACCACCGGGGGAGCUCCCUGUUACACGUGGGCGGCGAUCGGCAUGGGCACGGAGAAGAAGGUGGUGAUGAUCAGCCGGGGACGCCGGCACCAGCCCUCUCUGAGCUCAAGGCGGUGAUCUGCUGGCUGCAGAAGGGGCUCCCGUUCAUCCUGAUCCUCUUGGCUAAACUGUGCUUUCAGCAUAAGCUAGGCAUUGCCGUGUGCAUUGGAAUGGCCAGCACAUUCGCCUAUGCCAACUCCACCCUCCGAGAGCAAGUGUCUCUGAAGGAAAAGAGAUCAGUCCUGGUCAUCUUCUGGAUAUUGGCCUUCCUGGUGGGGAACACCCUGUAUGUACUCUAUACAUUUAGCUCCCAACAGCUGUACAACAGCUGCUGCUGCUUCCACCAGCUAGUCUUCACCCCAGGCAAGUUCUAUCUGGUGAUUGAGGAGCUGAGCCAGCUGUUCCGGUCACUCGUUCCCAUCCAGCUGUGGUACAAAUACAUCAUGGGAGAUGAUCCCUCCAAUAGCUAUUUCCUAGGAGGGAUCCUUAUUAUCCUGUACAGCCUUUGCAAGUCAUUUGACAUCUGUGGCCGGUUGGGUGGCGUAAGGAAGGCCCUGAAACUUUUCUGCACCCCUCAGAACUACGGAGUCCGGGCCACGAGCCAGCAAUGUGCCGAGGCUGGGGAGAUCUGUGCCAUUUGCCAAGCUGAGUUCCGGGAGCCUUUGGUACUGAUGUGCCAGCAUGUCUUCUGUGAGGAGUGUCUCUGCCUUUGGUUCGACCGGGAGAGGACGUGCCCUCUCUGCCGUUCGGUUGCCGUGGAAACCCUGAGAUGCUGGAAGGAUGGCACCACUUCUGCCCAUUUCCAAGUGUAUUAG